AUGGAGGUUAAUCCGGUGUUAUAUCUCGAACAUAAUGACUACCCCAUUUCUCUAAUUGAAUCACUGAUGGCAGUCAUCAUCAUUAUCGACAGCAUGACAUCAGUGUUCAACACCGAUGCUUCACUGCCGUACAACCAUGACUUUUUUGAAAGCCUUAUCGUAAAGAAAAGAUCGCCACAUGUUCCAACCCCCAACUUGGAGGGCCAGGAGACUGUGUUCGUCAGACCUCUAAUCAUUGACCAACCUGGUAUGAGAGACCCUUCCAUCCUAUGGAUGUAUCGAGAAUGGAGACAGAGUCAUGCGAAUCGGCAACGUCAUCCAGUAACCAUGGGCCAGAAGUGUAAGUUUUCUCGCAUAACUUGUAUUUCUGUCAGUACUGAGUCAUCGACUGUUGGAGUGUUGCAGGAAAAGCUUCGCUUAAUUGAAGCUGAGAAAGAAGAUCUUAUGCGACAGCUUCAGCUAACCAUGGAAGAACAUGCACGUCAAAAAGAAAUAUUAAUCGCACGCUACGUAAAUGCGGAUUACUUGUUGUCGCAGUGUGAAUCCCUUCUACCCGUGAAACGCAUGCCCUCCUGCAAACCACAUUCGAUGAGUAUCCAGUCGUGGGACACUCCGCUUGUCUGUCGGCAUUUACUCGAACCGGCUAGCAAUUUAGUUUACAGUAGGAUGUGUUCAGCCAUAAAAGAUGCGCAGCUCCGAGUCAGGCAAAGCAAUGAUGAUUUGAUUGCCUGGAAGUUUGAUCCCGAAAGCCCCAGUGGAAAACGGUUGAUGUCUCGCAUGCGACAUUUGUUAAAUGAGAACGAGGCGCUUGGUCGCGCAAAUCAGGCAGAGCGCAUCGCCGUGCUAGAAAGGGAGGCUGAAGCCCAAACGAAUUGCAUCAAAGAGUUCAGCAAAACUCAUGAAGGAAUCGAGAGUGUACUUGAAGAAGCCUACACUGAUUUGGAAGGUCUUCAGACAAGCCUGUUGCAGUUGCAUCAGCAAAUUAACCAGGCGGAGUCCGUAGUUGAAGCAUUGCAGGCUGAACUAGAGAUACAUGAGCCUGGCCGUGUAGCUGAACUGAUGAAGGCAGUAUGGGAGAAAUUGGAUGAUUCCAAGGUCGAACAUCAAGAGCCAGAUCCCAACCAAUUUGAAGCAACUGAGGCAAAAACAGUCUGUAAGGAAGAACAAGCUGAUGAUACAUUACAGACUAGCAACUCAUCGGUUGCAGAAGCUGUUCCUGUUGGAACGGCGGAAUGAUUUCACAAUCUUAAUCUACCGCGUUCUGUAAAUAAUUCCUUUUAUUUUACUUAUUUUUACGUAUUGGGUGAAUGACUAUCCACUUGUUAUUUACCCUCGGGUUCGCUUGUUUCUGUGACGCAAGCGGGGUCUGUGAUGACUUCUUGUUAACGCUGCCUUUCUGC